AUGAGUGAUUGCAGAUACAUGCUUCCACCAAUAGAGUCAAUCAUGCCAUCAAUGGGCAACUUCCAACCCUUCAUUAUAGUUCCUCAACAAACUCAACCAGUAGUAGUUGUUGAAGCUCCAAAGACAACUAAAAAGAUGAAGUUCACUCCUGAAGAAGAUAAGAAACUUUGCUCUCUUAUUAGACAAUAUGGUUCUAAUGAUUGGAUUCAUAUCUCCGAGUUGAUGAAGACAAGAAACCCAAGACAGUGCAGAGAAAGAUGGAACAACUAUCUUAACCCCAACUUAAGAGAUGAUCCAUGGACCAUUGAAGAGGACAAGCUCCUUAUUGCUAAGUACCGAGAGUUCGGAACUCAUUGGUCAAAGAUCUCCAAGUUCUUCGCCCAUAGAUCGGAUAAUGCUAUCAGAAACAGAUGGCAGAUGCUUUUAAGACAAUCUGAACGUCGUUACCAGAGUUCAUCAUCAUCCUCAAUGUCUGAUGCAUAG